AUGAUUCGCGCCUCUUCUGAGCGUGCGGUGAGGCAUGGUGGCUCUCUACGAGCCACCCUGUCUUGUGCCUCCCUUGCCUCCAGCGGCCUUUUCACGGGGACGCUGAUGUCGCGACGCAGCCGGUCUGCCUCACUUUCACCUACCCCGAAGUCCAAAAGCCAUGGCAGGUCGUACUCGCCUCGUCGCUUUGCCUCACGCCACGUGCCCACGGCGGCUGAGGAGUUGGUGUCCCACAGCCAUGUGUUGGAUCCUACAAUCAUCAAGAGAUUUGAUGGGCUGAUGAAGCAUUUGAAACGCAAUACUGACAAGCAGGACUUUGAGAAACAGGUGCUUGCUUCACCUUCAGAAGUUUUGGUACCUGAAGAGUAUGAUGAAGUGCUGCGCGGAGAGUUUGCACGCCAUUGCAGCUACGGUGAACGAUUGAACACUGAGCUCAUGCACUCGGGCAAGUGGGUGAAGAUGCUGAAAGAGCUGGGCUUCAUACCUGGCAGAGCCAGGGCAGAGAGGAGCGCCAAAGGACCUUGUUUGUCUUCGCUUGCCGAAGCUGACAUUAUUUUCCAGCGCGUUCUUCAUGACACGGACUAUGGGGGUAAGCGCUUGACUUACGACUUCUUCUGCAAGGCUCUCUGUUUGGUGGCUGCCAACAUCUACCCCGACAUGGAUUGGGAGACAGCCAUGGGGGAGCUUCUGAAUCGCAUUGCCGCAGCUGCAGAGGAAGUUGAGGUUGAGCAGCCUGAUGAUUAUGGGGACUACUCUCUGGAUCCAAAUGUCUUGCUGGUCCUGGACUACUUCAAGCCCAAGCUGCAUGACCUUUUCCGUUCCUUUGCACGGCGUCAACUGCGAGGACCUACCGAUGCCGCAGUGGGCACUGGCACCACACGCCUGAAGGAACGCACCAUUUGGAAGCACACACAGGACACUUUGUUUGCAUCCAGGGCAUCUUCCUGCAUUUUGGGAGGCACGCUGAAGGACAUGAAAGAUGACAUGGAAUCAGAGGAGGAAGAGGAGGCCAAUCCCACAGCAGGUUUGCCAGCAGUCACUGAGAGCGAGGCGGAGGGCCAUACUACGCCCGAGGUUAAUCAGGAAGUUGCCAAGAGUGCAGCUCCUGAAGAACCCGAAUUGCUCCCAAACCAAGUUGUCACAUCUCCGCAGAAGAAGGGUAUGGCAGCUAUGCUUCCCGCGGGCGCCGUGGGAUCCAGUGGAUUUGAGGCCGUGGCACGAGGAUCCAAAGAAAUGAAAUCUCCACCUGGCCAGUCACUACUGGCUUGGGCUGAGAAUUUGGGAUAUUUCAGCUCAGCGAGUCCCGGCAGCAGACUUAGCAAGCAAUCAAUGAGCACACGUACUGGCAAAUGGAGUCCAGCGGCUCGUGACCCAUACACCUAUGCCUGCGGGAGCCCGAUCAUCCAGAAUCGAAGGAAAUGGAUGUCACUGGAGCAGCUCUUUGCCAUGUGCAAGGAGCUCAAGAUCAUGCCAGAUGUCAUCAGUCGCCAGGCAGUUGUAAGGAUCUUCAAGAGGGCCCAGUGUGCUGGUGCUGCCAGUGCCCACGCCGGUAGCAACUUUGGCUACUUGUCCCAAGAAGGCUUUGUUGAUGCUAUGGGCCGAAUUGGGAUUCAAGCCUAUGCAGAGCCUCCGUUCUGCGACGAAUACCCAGAGCCUCAUGAGAAGAUUCACGCAUUCCUUUGCGACAAACUUCCAGGCCAAAUUCGAACAGCAGCACCAGCAAAGGUUGUUCUGCCUCGGCCGGCAGCCACAGAUGAUGUGCCCAAGCGGCAAGGGCCUGCGCUGAAUGAUCGCAGAUUCUUCUUCCGUGUGCGGGCCUAA